AUGGAGCUGCAAGGCCGCUUAGUGGACUCCACCUUAAUAAAUUUUGUCAAUGACAUGAACCUGAUAGAGUUUCCACAAAAGUACACUCUGGGACCGAAACAGCAGGUGGAUAAUACCCCACCCAGUCCGAACAACCAGACGCGGCUAAACGACUCAUCCUGGAGCAGGGGGCUGGAUAACGGCGUGAACACUGCCGAGCUGCGGGCCGAGCAUCUGGUGAUGGGUCCACCGAGGUACUACACCUGCGGGGCCCACGGCCACACCAAGUCCAAACGGAGGAGGAUCAUCACCGUGGUCCAGCGACAGGCGGCCAACGUGCGAGAAAGAAAGCGGAUGUUUAGCCUGAAUGAGGCGUUUGAUGAACUGAGGAGGAAAGUUCCUACAUUCGCCUACGAGAAGAGGCUGUCCCGUAUCGAGACACUGCGCCUAGCCAUCGUCUAUAUCUCCUUCAUGACCGACCUGCUGGAAAACACCUGAGAUAGAAUAUUAACUUUAUUCCAUGGAGACUGGACCAGACUUCCUUACCAAUGUAUAUUAAUAUUAUAGCCACAGCAAACUUAAAAAUAUAUCUGAGACUAUAGCCGACAGAUUUUUAUUGCAACAUUUCCAAAGAGCAUUUUCCGAGAUGGAAGCUAUAUCAGUGGCAACAUGAUGUUAUUACCUUUA